GCCCCCGGCCGAGAGAUCCACAUAUUCCAAUAUAACGUUAAACAAAUGAGAGAGGAGGAGCCGACACUCAUUUGUUUACAGAUUAGGCUAAACGAUGUGGAGAGUGGAGACUGUGUGCAACCCGAGGACGAGAUUGAGUUGAGGUUGGCGAGCAGCAGACGUUUUCACAGGUUGAUUUACAUUUUGCACGGAGCAGGAAAGCAAAAGUGAAAUAUUUUCUGGCGUCAUCAUUUCCCCUGGAAAUAGGCUACGGGGACAUCUGAUAUAUACCAUGAUAAAUAAGACUUGCCUGUCCUUUCACUAUACAACCGAUUUUAUAGCGGCACUUCGGAUACUGAAGUUGGUGCUGUGACUUCACUUUGUCUACAAAGAAGAGCAGAAAGAAACCUACUUUAUUUAAAUUUUUUAUAGACAAUCAUUGUCAAUCAAUAGGCUACUGUAGCUAUCUGAUGCAUGAGCGAUGCACCCAGAACACAGCAGUAACCCCUCUACUGGACAGGAUAAGAUGGGGGUCAACGGGAUAGGAGACAAUCAGACGGAGGAGGAAGCAUCGAGCGGCGAGCCGCCGACAGAACACUGUAAUGAGGCUACUGCAGACUCUGAAAUGGAGCAGAAAGGUGGUUCUCCCCAAGACCAGGAGGAGAACCAGCAAGCACAGAAGGAGGACAAGGGCCAGGACCUGGGAGAUAGCGAAUGCAAGAUCCCACAUGAGGACAGCACUAUCCAGCUAAUCGAGGCUGGAUGUCUCGAUAGUAAACCCGGUGUGUCUCCGGAUUCCCAGUCUCAGUCCCCCGCACCGAUGCCAGGGCAGAGCCCCGGGUUCGUCCCACCCGAGGGCGGGUUCGGCUGGUUAGUUGUUUUCGCUGCUACCUGGUGUAAUGGAUCCAUCUUCGGGAUACAGAACUCCUUCGGUAUCCUCCACAUGAUGCUAGUGAACGACCACGCAGACCCCAAUGACAAAACGUCGCAGUUUAAAGUAGCCUGGGUGGGGGCCCUGGCGAUGGGCAUGAUUUUCUUCUGUUCCCCGGUGGUCUCCAUGUUCACUGAUCACUUCGGCUGCAGGAAGACCGCUGUGGGCGGGGCCACCAUGGCCUUCAUCGGACUCCUCAGCUCUGGCUUCGCAACGUCCCUCAGCCUACGGUAUUUCACCUAUGGGAUCCUGUUUGGCUGUGGUUCGUCCUUUGCCUUCCAGCCCUCCCUGGUGAUCCUGGGCCACUACUUCCAGCGGCGGCUGGGCCUGGCCAACGGUGUGGUGACGGCGGGCAGCAGCCUGUUCUCCAUGGGCCUCCCGGUGCUGCUCACCAAGGUGGUGGAGCCACUGGGCCUCAGCAGAACCUUCCAGAUCCUCAGCCUCUUCAUGCUGGUCCAAGCCCUGCUGGCCCUGACCUUCAGACCCCUGCUGCCCCAGGGAGCUUCAAUGGGACCACCAAGACCAGUGGGCCCCGCCGGGUCCAUACCCCAGACAGGAGGCGCUGCCCGGGGCAGCCGCUGGAGCAGAGCCCUGACCCAGGUCCGGAAGGCCUUUAACGUGAAGGUGUUCCACAUCGUCACCUACCGGGUGUGGGCGUUCGGGGUGGCUACGGCUGUGCUGGGUUACUUUGUGCCCUACAUCCACUUGAUUAACUUUGUGAAGGAGCAGUUCAAGGAGACCCAGAAGGAGUGGAUCUUGUUGGUGUGUAUAGGAGCCUCAUCUGGCGUGGGACGCCUCCUCUUCGGGAAAGUAGGAGACCUCAUUCCCGGAGCCAAGAAGAUCUGGAUGCAGUCGGUGUCGUUCAUGGUGCUGGGGCUGAUGUCCAUGAUGAUCCCCCAGUGCACGGUGUUCGAGGGGCUGAUUGUGGUGUGUGUGUUCCUGGGGCUGUGCGACGGCUGCUUCAUCACAAUCAUGGCUCCUAUAGCCUUUGAGCUGGUGGGCCCCAUGCAGGCCUCCCAGGCUAUAGGAUACCUACUGGGACUCAUGGCCCUGCCCAUGACUGCAGGACCCCCCAUCGCUGGACUCCUGCGUGACUACUGUGGUGAUUACAACAUGGCCUUCUACCUGGCAGGGGGCCCUCCCAUCGUGGGGGGCAUGGUGCUGUUCUUUGUGCCCCUGAUACACCGGCGGCAGCAGAGAGCCUUUGAGGGCCAGGGUGCAGGGCCCGAGGACCCCAGCACGGAUCACAUGGAGCCCCCGGCAGGGGGCCCCUUGGCCUGCUCUAACGGAGACAUGCUGCCUGGAUACACUGACGUGGAGACACACAUCUGAGUAGCACUACACAAAGGGAUUAUAUUCACCAGAUCUGUCCGUCCCUGCACCUCCUGCCUUCCCCGGCCCCCGGCCCCUGACCCCCGGCCCCUAACCACGGACUACCUGCUGAUGUACCUCUUAACCUCUGACACAGUUUCUAUAGGAAGACCCCUCCCGUCUAUAGGAACCCCCCUCCUCUCAGAACGCCAUUAGUUCCUUAUAGUGAUCCCUGUGGUCUACGGAGAGAGGGGAAGAAGGUUUUUUUUGCCCUCUGAAGCAAAGGAGGAACACAUCGCUGAUCAACCUCCUUGAACAAAGAGAGAGACAAUUGGCAUUAUCAUAGGACCUGGGCGUCACACAAUCCAAAACAGUGCUCUCUUUCCCUGUGUCUUUAAGCUCAUCUAAAAUGGUUUUAGACUUUAAAAUGUGAAUGCACGCUAAGUAUUUGCCGUAAGAGCCAGCCGCCUGAAAAUAUAUAUUUUAAAAUUCUGUAGCGUCUGUAAUCAGAGUAUGUAAAUGUUUUAAUAUACUUCAGUUGGUUUUUAAAUGACAGAUUAUUCAGAAGGAUAAAUAGUAUUAGAGUAAUUGAAUGGAGUACUUUGUACUUCUCUUUCUAGACCACAAGCAUCUCACACUUUAUUUCAUGUUAUGUUCUGUCUGUAGGUGUUUCAUUAUAUAGAUCUAGGGCAUAAUAUAGGACAUUUGAAAGAUUUCAGUUAUUAUGACAACUUAUUGCAGUUACAUUUUACAAGUCUCAAUUUAUUUUGUUUAUGAUCGAUCAAGGAAGAACACAUAUCUGUUUCAGUUUUGUAUUAUACUAUAGGUUUCAAUAGUGAUACCCCCUGGGAAAAGCCACUAAAACGAAGUCACCUCAACCACAUACAGUACCAGUCAAAGGUUUGGACACACCUACUAAUUCCAGGGUUUUUCUUUAUUUUUUUCUAUUUUC